AGGACCUCAACUAUGUUUAAAGUACUUCUGAUAUUUUUUCUACCCUCAAGGACAGGCUUCAUCGCAUCUGCUGCUGUAUUUCAAAAGAAAGUCCUGGAGACCUUCACUGCAGGCGAAAUUAUAACUUUAGAGUGCUUGAUAUCUCAAAGCUAUGAAAACUAUUUCUCUUGGUUCAAGCAAUCUCUGGGAGAAGCUCCAAUAUGCAUCCUCAGUCUCUAUGCUGAAACUUCAACACCAACAUUUUAUGGAGACUUCAAGAAUGACAAGAGAUUUACAGUUCUAAAGCAAGGAAGUAUUUUUGCUCUAACCAUAAAAGAUACAAAGCCAUCGGAUACUGGAAUCUAUUACUGUGGUGCCCGUGACUAUGAUCUUAUAACUUUUAGUAGUGGGCUGUUUUUAAACUACAAAGGGGUGAAUACAAGACAACAUCAUAUUAAGCAGUUUUUGUCUGCAAUGGACUCGGGUACUCUGGUAAAUGAGCAUGAGUUUAACACAGGAGACUCUGUGAAUCUUCACUGUUCAGUUCUCACUGAGAAAUGUGUAGGACAUCACAGCAUCUACUGGUUUAGACAUGAAUCGGGAGAUACACAUCCAGGAAUCAUUUACAAGCAUGGAAACAUAAAUGAUCAAUGUGAGAAGAGCUCUGAGACAGAUUCACAUGUACAGUCCUGUAUCUACAAUCUCCCCAAGAAGAACCUUAGUUUAACUGAUGCUGGGACUUACUACUGUGCUGUGGCCAUGUGUGGAGAGAUUCUGUUUGGAAAUGGAAGUAGGCUUGAAAUUGGAGAACCAAUUUCUGAGUUCGUCUGGACUGACUUAAAGGUCCCAGUUUUGGUAGCAACAAAUAUCUUGUGGUUGGUGAUCAUCGCUAUCCUUCUAUGUAAGAGAGUACAAAAACGACAAAAAGCAUUUUUUGCGGCUUUCAACGUUUCAGAUCCUGUGCAUCAAGAACGGCCUGCUGGUUAG